CAAAAACGAUUCUGUUUGAAUUUGAAUUAAAAAAAAAACUCGAGAUCCCAGGAAAAAAAAAACAUAAUCACUCACUCUCACACGCAGUUCCUGUUUUGUAUUUCUGUCAGAUUAUUAAUAAACAACACCUACCUUAGGCGCGCUCGUCUCCGUCUCUCUCUCUCUCUCUCCCUCCCUCGGAUCAAAAUCAAAUUUUCCAACCAAAAGAUGGAUUUUUUCGCCCAGAAGCUGAUUCAGUAGCGGAUCUGUCAAAACCCUAGGCAAAUACAAGAACCGGGUUUUCUUGAUUCCUUUUCUCAUCGCUUUUCUUCGACGACUUUAAUACCCGUCUCGGAAAUCUCCCAUUUUCUCGAAAUUUUGUGGGCUCUUGUCUUUUUGUAAAAUCCCAGAGACAAAUUCUGGGUUUUGGUCAAUUUGAGCCCCCAUGGAAGAACAAGGCGACGUGUCCAAAGGGUUUUCCUCGAUCUCUAGAUCCGAUUCAAAGUUUGUGGGCGAGAAGCGAAGCCGUGAUGACUUUGUAGAAAGACAAGAUUUUUGUCCUAAAAUCCGACGUCUUGACCCGAAUUUACCUUCUGAGACCAUCACUGUUGGUGUUGCCCAUGAUUCAGCAUCAGACUGUAGUGAAAAACAGUUCUUGCUCGAAAGAUACGAUAAGGGUUUUAAGGCAGAGAAAGGAAUUGGAUUAGACCUAAAUACCGACGCCAUCUCCAGCUCCGCUAGUGAUGAAUUAUCAGCAUGUUCCUCCAGGAUGCGUUGUAACACAAAGUCCAAGGAUGCUUUUUCUGAGUGUGGAAGCUCUAAUGUUCCGGUUGAGGACAAAGAUCCGAUGAAGUUGUGGAAAGCAAUGAAACAGAACGGUUUUCUUUCCAAUCCUCAUGGCGGGAUUUCAGCAGCAUCGAGCUGCUUUGUCUCGUCCUCCCAUGGAGGAAUACCGGCUCCAAGAAAACGAGGUAGGGAAAACAAGAGUGAGGCGAUGAAGAGGAAGAUAGAGAUUGCGAGGAAGGAAGAAAUCGAUAGGUUUGCAAAGCUUGCUGCUCCUAGUGGGCUGCUCAACGAGUUGAACCCCGGGAUUAUAAACCAUGUUAGGAACAAAAGGCAAGUACUUUCCAUCAUAGAAAACUUAGUAAAGUCCAAAAAAGAUUCCGGAAACUUUCACCGAGCCACAGAUAGGUGCAGUGGUAUGGCACUUGGGGGUUCCAAGACGAACUUGGAAGGUGUGAAUGCUGAUGGGUUAAGAUCUGAUCCGAACCAAUCAGACAAGUGGUUUAUGCCACUGGAUAAGUACCCUGUUCCUACGAGAAAUUACGAGGAGAAAUGCAGCGACAGUGUCUUGGGCAUGGCUGAAACAAUCAUCAGAGAAAACAAAACACUCGAGUCGAAGAUUCAGACAGCAGCUAAUUUCCAUGAAAACAUCAGUUCUUUGUCCUCAGAAGAGUCGGCAGACUUCAGCUGUGCAAAUGUUCUUACUGUUAAAGCUGCCACAGUGGCUUCUCAGUGGUUGGAAUUGCUUCACCAGGACAUAAAAGGGCGCCUUUCAGCACUUCGUCGUAGCAGGAAAAGGGUUCGGGCCGUCAUUUCAACUGAAUUACCAUUCCUGAUACUGAAAGAAUUCCCGUUUAAUCAAGAGAAUGACCCGAAUUUGCUGGACGGAGUUUCAAGUACAUCAAGAGCUGACAUACACAAGGCGAGAUGGACGGCAUUGUUUAAUCAAAUGGAAUCAGCCCUCUCAGAAGAAGAAAAACAACUUGAAAGUUGGUUGAUCCAAGUAAGAGAACUGCAGUCACAUUGUGACCAUGGCCUGCAAUACCUGAGCUUGAGUUCUGGACAAAAUUUCUUACAGCCUGGAAUGCCAUUGGACUCGAGCAGAUCGGCAGAAACACUGAGCUCGGAGAAAGAAUUAGCCGUCAGGGCAGCUGCAGCUUCCAUAUAUUCGACGUGCAAUUUUCUAACGUCAAAGGAGAAUAUAACAUGUACCUGACCUUCAUUACUUGAACCGAGGUUAUAAGCUUUAACUUUUUGACUGGUUUCUUUUCAAGUGAUAAGACAGUUUUUGCAGUACUAGGUUAGUGAGUUUGACAGAUAGCAGAAGAGCUUUUCUUGUUUGUGCAUCUGUAAGAUUAGGACCAUGUUCAUUAGUUUUUCAUUCCAUAAUUUUUUUUUUCUUUUGCCCAUCUGUUCUUGGAUCAGAUUCUUACUCAUUAUGUUGAGCCCAAGAGCAAAAUUGUUUGUUUUCAGGUGA